AGUUGACUUAACAGGAUAUUAAUUAUCAUCAAACGCAUCCCUCUUUCUCUCUCUUUCUCUCUUUCUUUACCUUCUGAUCCUCAAUAAGCAUCGGUUUACUUUUUAUUGACGAUAUGCUUCGACCUGUUUUGAACCGUGUGGUAAGGAGUAGAGUUAAAUCGAAACAGACUUUGUAGCUUAUUAUAUAUCAUCUUUAAUAAAUUUUAGAUACAACAAAAUCAUACAUUUGCCAAGCGAACACCUACCGUUAUUAGAUGCUUCUCCUCGCAAUCAUGUCUUAUGAGCAACCAACAAGCUUUUUCUGCUGCUCAAAAACAGCAACAGGAAGCACAACAAAAGACGAAACAACAACCUUCGGCAACCUCUGCCAUGUCUUUUAAGAAACAUAUUCGUCAACGUCGUUUUGGUCCCGUCGUUCCCAUUGUUCCUAUCGCUCCUACAGUCGAAGAUGCUGUUACCAAUAUUCUCUAUAAUACCCCACCAUCUAAUGCUCAAUAUCCUGGUGAGACUCGCCAUGUCUUGAACUGUUUGGUUCAGAACGAGCCAGGUGUUUUAAGUCGCGUAUCUGGUAUUUUGGCCGCUCGUGGUUUUAACAUAGAGUCGUUGGUUGUGGCGAAUACCGAAGUGGAGAAUCUAAGUCGUAUGACGAUCGUAUUUAAGGGAAAGAAUGUUCAGAUUGAACAGGCGAGAAGACAAUUAGAAGAUUUGGUUCCUGUCUGGGCUGUUUUGGAUUAUACAAAAACAAAACUGAUCGAAAGAGAACUCUUACUUAUCAAAGUUUCGAUUCUUGGUCCUGAACAUUUACAUGAACAACUGCCCACAGCUAAGUUAGAUAAUGAAGUAGAAUAUGAAGACGAAAAUAUAUCACGCUAUGAAAAGCAGGCAAUGGACGCUCCUGCAGAUACUCUUCGUCAGACCUUCUCUCAUUUGCGUGCCUUGACUGAACUCACUCGUCUCUUUGAAGGUAAAAUUGUGGAUGUUUCGUCAGACUCUGUCAUUAUUGAAUUAUGUGCCAAGUCAAGCAGAUUGUUAUCCUUUAUCAAACUGUGUAAACCGUUCGGUAUUUUGGAAGCAUCUCGAACAGGCAUUAUGGCAAUGCCUAGAUCUCCUGUUCAUGAUCACUAUGAACCUCAAACUGAACAUUCUUAUGAGGAUGAUUCGGACUAUGUCGAUCCUUCUACUUUACCUCCCGGCUAAAUUACAGUAUUGAUUCUUCUCCUCAUUGUCACGAAUUAAAAUAGCAUCACAUGAAUAUAGAUAUGAAUAAUUAAAUGUAAAUGCCUUUCAUUUUCUUUGAAAAUCGCUUCUUUCUGCAUCUAUUUCUUUAAUUUUUUGGUCGCCUGUAUCCAACAAGAAAACCUAAUAUAUUUGACAAACUAACAAUGCCUAUCAACUUGUUGUCUUGAUCCACAACAAUUAAGCGGUAAACUCUCUUUUUUCUAAUGGUUUUGAAAAUAGAGUCCAAUGUGUCAUUCAAAGUACAUGUGUGUACACCAGGGUAGUUUUUAGGUCUUGCUUCCAUUGCCUCACCCACUGGAAUAUCUAAUUCUUUAUACCUCCCUGACCUAGCGAUGCUC